AUGAGAACUUUGAAUUUAGAAUUAGUUGAUUAAUUAAGUUUUAUUUUAACACCCAAAAUAGUAAAAACUAGUUUUAUUUAUACAAUUAUUUUAAAUAAAUUCUUAUCUGCAUCUUAUUAUUAUCCGUAUUUGCUAGCUAUGUCACAAAUACUCAUAAAAGCAUUGCAUAAUAAAAAGUUAGUAAGUUUUAACAUUGCCUUUUUUGAGUUCAAAAAGUUAGGUGAAAAAGUAAUCAUCUAAGUUUCAAAUAGGCUUGUAAAUUCUAAUUCUAAGAGAUAUUAUAUAAAACAUUGGGCUUAAAUUACAAGUGACUCUGAGAGUUCCAAAAAAAGGCUAAUUAUUAAUAAAAGCACAUUGUGAAUACAUUCCAGGAAUUGUUUGAAAUAUAAUUGACCUUAUAAAGAAUAUAAGUGUAUAUUC